GUUAGUACUAGUUAGUAUUAGUUAUCUGCUCUUGGUGAUGACAGAGUUGAGGUUGGAUUACAUUGAGCUGCUUCAACAAGAAGUCAACAAGAAUCCUGACAGUCUGAGGAAGAUCCUGUUUGGAGGAACGUUUCACGUCUUUGACUACGAGUGGAGGAGAUCUUCCUUUCAGUUCAGAGAGGCGGACUCAGAGGUCUCCUACGGUCUGGACACGGACAGCGGCGGGGUCCGGCCUGUUCAGAUGGUGGUCCAGGCUCGAGUCCUUAAAUACCUGCUGUUCAUGCGGCAGAGCAGCGAAGAGGGACGGACACUGCUCAGUCUGCGUGUGGGGCAGAAGGAUCAGGAGAAGGCGUUGGCGGCCGCGUUGUCCGACAGCCUCUGGUUGGCUGGCCAGGAGUCCAGCGCCACCGUUACCUUGGUAACCGAAGACUACUGCGUCACGCCUCACCUGGACUACAAACUGGACAACUUCACAGAAAGGCUGCAGCUGUUCACGUUCAGCCAGAAAGAAGACGUCAGGACCUUCAUCCUGGAGCACAUUCACUGUUUUAAAGACAAGGGGAGUCACGGAGUCAUCCUGUUUCUCUACAGCCUCGUCUGCUCCCGGACCAUAGAAAGGCUGGAGGAAGAUCUGGACUCCAGCACGUCUCACCUGCUGUACCGGAGUCUGGGGACCUUCGUCUGCCGCCAGGCCCUGCUAAACCUGCUGCUGACAGGACGGGCGAGUCCCAACGUCUUUAACGGGACGUUGCUGUUUGGGGAGGACGGGCUUCCUCUGCAGCGCCCCCUGCAGGGCAUCGCCUCACGCUGUGAUGUUGGAUACUUACAUUGGAGCAGAGAGGAGAUGGAGAGAGGCCGACUGCUGCAGGUGGGCAGCAUGCUGAAGACUCCCAUGUUUCCUGUCUGGCUCUGCUGUACCAACAGCAGCUACUCGGUGGUGUUCGGUCUGAACCGCUCGCUGCUCUCUGAUUGGAAGAUGGAGCACCUGUUCCACCUGUACUACUACAGCGGUCAGAGCUCACAGACAACCACAGACAGGCUGACUGUCGAUACUCACUCUCACCACUGGGAGGCGCCAGCAGACGGAGACCCAGAGAAAAGGUUCCCGUCUCUGGAGAUGACCAUCAGGACCAAGUGGGCCGGAGCCGCAGUCAACUGGAGCGACCACGCCCCUUUCUACUGAAGACCCGCCUAUUUCUACUGAAGACCCGCCCCUUCUACUGAUCACAUGACAGGGAGAGAUUGUCCAAUCAGCAUGCAGCUGACAGACGGAAUCUUUGAAGAAGUAUAGGAAGUCCUAUAGGAAGUCCUUCAUACCAGCUGCUAUACGACUCUAUAAUGCACAAAAAUAACUUUCCCUUAUUUAUAUUUUUGUAUUUUAACUUAUUGGUAUGGAUAUGUUUGAGCAAAUGUGUGGUGUUAUGUCUGUCUUGAAGCUGCUGUGACACUGUAAUUUCCUGCAAAGGAUUAAUAAAAGGAUCUAUCUAUCCACACACACACACUGAAUCAAGAAAAGAACCCUGUUAAUGCAGAUACUCUGUCUCACCACUGGGA